CCCAGGGUCAAGACGUCCGGCCUUGGGGGCCGGGGCUGGGCAGCCGGGUCCCCUGGGCGGCGCUGAGCGGGCGGGCGGCGAGGGUCCGGGUCUCCGGGCACUCAGGCCAGGUCGCAGGAUCGUUCCGCCAUCGCCGCCGCCGCCGCACUGGGAGCCAGCGGGGAUGGAACGGGAGGCGUCGCCGUGGGGCCUCGAGCCCCAGGAUGUGCAAAGUCUUGACGAAGUGGGGCCCGAAGGGUCCCCUAAAGGCAACAUACGUGAGAAUGAGGAAGAGGAAAUCUCUCAGCAAGAAGGCAUUGGGGACUAUGAGGUCGAAGAGAUACCUUUUGGGCUUGAACCCCAGAGCCCUGGGUUUGAGCCACAAAGCCCAGAGUUUGAACCCCAAAGCCCCAGGUUUGAGCCUGAAAGCCCAGGUUUUGAGUCCCGAAGCCCAGGGUUUGUGCCCCCAAGCCCUGGAUUUGCACCCAGAACCCCUGAAUCAGAUUCUCAGAGCCCUGAGUCUGAACCACAAAGUCCCAGGUAUGAGCCCCAAAGCCCAGGGUAUGAACCCCGGAGCCCUGGAUAUGAACCUCGGAGCCCUGGGUAUGAAUCUCAGAGCCCUGAAUUAAAAACCCAAAGCCCUGAAUUUGAAGCUCAAAGUUCCAAAUUCCAGGAAGGUACAGAGAUGCUUCUCAGUCCCGAGGAAAAGAAUCCCUUGAGCAUCUCUUUGGGAGUUCAUCCCCUGGACUCCUUCACCCAGGGGUUUGGGGAGCAGCCCACAGGGGGCCUUCCCCUAGGGCCACCUUUUGAGAUGCCCUCAGGGGCCUUGCUGGCUACACCCCAGUUUGAGAUGCUCCAGAAUCCUCUGGGCCUGACGGGAACCCUGCGGGGUCCAGGCCGAAGGGGUGGUCGCGCCAGGGGUGGGCAGGGCCCUCGACCUAACAUCUGUGGCAUCUGCGGGAAGAGCUUUGGCAGGGGCUCCACCCUGAUCCAGCACCAGCGCAUCCAUACAGGUGAAAAGCCCUAUAAAUGUGAGGUCUGCAGCAAGGCCUUCUCUCAGAGCUCUGACCUCAUCAAACACCAGCGCACACACACGGGGGAGCGGCCCUACAAGUGUCCCCGUUGUGGCAAGGCCUUCGCCGACAGCUCUUACCUGCUUCGCCACCAGCGCACUCACUCUGGUCAGAAGCCCUACAAGUGCCCGCACUGUGGCAAGGCCUUCGGAGACAGCUCCUACCUCCUGCGGCACCAGCGCACUCACAGCCAUGAGCGGCCCUACAGCUGCCCGGAGUGCGGCAAAUGCUACAGCCAGAACUCAUCCCUGCGUAGUCACCAGAGGGUGCACACUGGGCAGAGGCCCUUCAGCUGUGGCAUCUGUGGCAAGAGCUUCUCCCAGCGUUCGGCACUUAUCCCCCAUGCCCGCAGCCAUGCCCGUGAGAAGCCUUUCAAGUGCCCUGAGUGCGGCAAGCGCUUUGGUCAGAGCUCUGUGCUGGCCAUUCAUGCCCGCACCCACCUGCCAGGCCGCACCUACAGCUGCCCAGAUUGUGGCAAGACCUUCAAUCGCUCCUCCACACUGAUUCAGCACCAGCGUUCCCACACAGGUGAGAGGCCCUACAGGUGCGCUGUGUGUGGCAAGGGCUUCUGCCGCUCUUCGACGCUGCUGCAGCAUCACCGGGUCCACAGCGGGGAGCGGCCCUACAAGUGCGAUGACUGUGGAAAGGCAUUCUCACAGAGCUCCGACCUUAUCCGCCACCAGCGGACCCACGCUGCCGGCCGUCGUUGACUGGCGGCCCUGUCGGGUGGGGCUAUCGUGGGCAGAAGAGGAGGGGACAGGGAGCUAGAGAAAUCUUUAGAGUAGUGGAAAAGCUGGAGUUGAGGAUUCUAGGAGAGGGGACUAGGGUGGAGGAAGUUACAUGCCCUGGAGAUUUAUGGGAAAUGGGUAAUGAAGAGGGGUUGGAGGGAGGCCAAACAGGCAGCAGGAGGCUCUGGGAGAAUCCAGAAGGAGGUCAACAGAGAGCUGGCCUCAGCAGCAGCAUGCCCCUUGGCGGAUGCCUACUUGGCAAAGUGCUAGAUGGGGAGGGGGGAGGGGAAGGGUUACUUAAUUAGAGUGGGGUAGCUUAGAUCAGUAGCUACUGAAACCCUUGUUGAGUCAGGAGGGGGUGAGGGGAGGUGGGGUGGGGAGUAAAGCCCAGAGUGGGACCUGGGCCUCUGAGUGCAAACCCCAGUCUCCCUUUGUCUUCCUCAGGCUUUGGAGCCCCUGAAUUUGAGUUCAAUAAAAAC